AUGACGAAUAAGAAAACGGUUCAGCAUUCUAUUAGUCGGUUCUUCAAAGCUUCCCAAGAUCAGGAGCCUGAGCCGUUAGAUCUGUCUCAUGGUGCAAAAUCUGCCGUAGAAAAGCUCACUCAUUACUCUAAUAAGAAGAAGAGCACCAACCAUACUUUCGUACCAAAGAUAAAGGCAUCGGACCACACUUCAAACCACAAUGAAGAGUCAACUGAUACUGUUGCAGGGAAAGGAGUGACAGAAAUAAAAUCAAAUAAAAGACCAAACACGGCAUCUGACCACCAUGGCAACGUAUAUACAAAGACGAGGAAGAGAACGAAAUUGACACCGCUUGAAACGCAAGUAGCUGAGUUCAAGGAAUUGCAUAAAGAUAAGCUCUUGAUAUUUCAGGUUGGCUACAAAUAUAAGUUAUUUGGAGAAGAUGCUAAGGUAGGUUCAAAGAUAUUGAAUAUAUCCUAUAUUCUUGAUGAGAAUGAUUCCAAAUUCUCCUACUGCUCUUUCCCUGUUUUCAAAUUGCAUAUUAACCUUAAGAGGCUACUAGUACAUGGCUUCAAGAUUGGGGUUAUCAAGCAAGCUGAGACGGCAAUCGUGAAGUCAACUGAUAAGUCAUCAAGUCCUGACUUAAUGAAAAGAAAACUAACUGGUGUAUACACCAAGGGAACAUAUAUGAAUGACGAAGUCGAAUCUGAAGGUCAGCAUUCCAUUAAUCUAGAGGAGAAUCAGGACUACAUUGUGUGUAUCAACGAAUCAAACGAAAAUGAGUUUUCGAUGGUUGCUGUCAACCCGCUAACUGGUGAUGUUAUAUACGAUUCGUUUAAAGAUGCUCUUGGGGAGAGUGAGCUCGAGAGAAGAUUAUCAUAUAUGACACCAAGUGAAGUUCUUAUAUUAUGUGAGGAAAAUGAAAGGAUUAAAGAGAUCAAAAGAAUUAUCACAAUGGUGAGUAAUGAAGCUUCGAUUAUAUGUCGAUCGCCAAAAGACUAUGCGGUCUCGAGCAGCCAGCUUAGGGAAUAUUUCAAAGAAAUCAACAAUGGGGAAAGUUCUCACUUGAUCGACUACUAUACUGUCAAUUAUUCCAGACCUGUUCAGGCUUGCAUCAAUGAACUUAUCUUAUAUUUAUCUGAAUUCAAAUUAAGUGCAAUUUUCAAUAUCCCAUCUAAUAUAUCCAGUUUUUCAGAUUCAAAGAGACACAUGUUACUUUCGAGUGAUGCCAUCCGAGCUUUGGAGAUCUUCCAAAAUUAUACGUAUACUAAUUGCAAUAAAGGCUCGUUAUUAUGGCUUUUAGACCAUACCAGGACUCGGUUCGGUACUAGAUUACUAAGAAAGUGGAUAUCGAGGCCCUUGAUUAACAAAAUUGAAAUAGAAGAACGGUAUCAGGCAAUCGAUGACUUGCGGUCGGGUUUCAAUCACGCUGUCGAUUCAUUAAAAAUCCAGUUAGAUAAAAUAGGAAAAAACUUAGAUCUAGAAGAGAUGCUAAUGAAAGUUCAUCUCUCAUCUAGCUAUAAGACUGGCAAAAUUAGCAGAAAUAGUGUCUACUCAAUGUUAGAAUGCUUCGCAAACGUUUUGAAAACUAUCCAGACAUUCCAUUCUCGUCUAAUGAGCUUAGAAAAUACGAUAACUUCACCUUUACUAUUAAAAGUCUUCGAAGGUUUAAGGACAGCAUCUAGGUCAAAUGUUGUGUUUCAUCUACAAAAAAUGAUAAAUCCAUCAUUUCAACUAAGUAACUAUAAGGAUAUAAACGAGCAAAAGAUGCAUUUUUUCAACCAGGAUUAUUACAAUUGGGAAGAUAUAGCCAUCCAAAAGGAAAUGAUUUCUAAAUAUGAAGCUUUGCUUCAAGAUGAGCUAAAAGAGAUCCAAAAGUACUUAAAAAGACCUCAGUUGAAGUUUGUGACAAACAAGAAUGAAGCUUAUUUGGUUGAAAUCAGAAACACACAAGUAGAUACUUUACCCAAGGGCUGGCAGAAAGUGAGUGGAACCACCACUGUGUCUCGAUUUCGGACUCCUGAGGUAAUUCGACUUUACAAACUGCUUCAAUAUCAUAAUGAAAUGUUGCUCUGUAAAUGCGACGAAGCAUAUUGGAAUUACUUGAACCAAAUCAAUAAUAAUUAUCAAUUUUUUCAAAAUAUCAUCAAAGAGCUAGCCAUAUUAGAUUGUCUAUUCUCAUUCAAGGCUGCAAGCGAGUUGGGCUCUAAUGUGCGGCCCCAUCUAGUUGACGAGCAAAUUAUCAAUGUCACAAACAGCCGGAAUCCCAUAAUUGAGAAUCUAUCUCAUGGCAGAAACUAUGUGUCCAAUAAUAUCAACAUGGCCUACGAUGAGAGGAGGGUUCUUAUUAUUACGGGCCCCAAUAUGGGAGGUAAGUCGUCUUAUGUUAAACAGAUCGCUUUACUUGUAAUCAUGGCUCAAAUUGGAUGUUUUAUUCCAUGUGAAUCGGCAACAAUGGGCAUAUUCGAUUCUAUUUUCAUUAGAAUGGGAGCAUCUGAUAAUAUAUUGAAGAAAGAAUCGACAUUUAUGACUGAGAUGUUAGAAUGUUCCAAUAUUGUUAAAAAUGUAACUAAGAAAUCCUUAAUUAUCUUGGAUGAAAUUGGCAGAGGUACCGGUACCAGCGAUGGGAUUGCACUAGCUUACUCGAUCUUGAAAUUCUUCAUAGACCACUCUCUCAAGCCACUCAUCUUGUUCAUUACACAUUAUCCAUCCUUACAUACAUUAGAAGAUGAGUAUGGAGGAAUUGUUAAAAAUUAUCAUAUGGGAUACAUCGAAAGGUCCAAAUCAAAUCAAAAGUAUCCAGACAUUUUGUUUCUUUACACUGUCGUUCAGGGAGUUGUGAGCAGUCUGUACGGUUUGAAUGUCGCUCGUUUAGCUGGCUUGCCUGACUCCGUCAUUUCAAAUGCUUUUCAAGUUAGCGAAGAAGCCAAAUCUAAAACAGAGUUAGAAUUCGACGAGAGAUUAAGUGUGAACUUCAUUAAAAUCUUAAAAGAUUUGCAGAAUGAGCGUCCAGUACAAUUGGAUAUACUUCAAAGUUUAUUAGGAUUUAUAUAG